GCCCUGAGGAACUCCAAUAUUUGACCAAAAAGGGAUUAGACCGUAAAAGAGUUUAUAAAGAGAGGAAGGAGGAUAAUGGGAAGACAUUGCCAUGUCAAGGAAGCCAGGGAAGGGAGAACUUCCAGAAGCUGUAGAAUAGCAUCAAAUGCAACCUGCAAAAAUUGGCAGGCAACAGAGAUUGCCUUGGGAAAGUAUUACCUUUCCAUUUUUUAUGGGAUUGAGUUCAUUGUGGGAGUCUUUGGGAAUACUGCUGUUGUUUUCGGCUACAUCUUCUGUCUGAAGAACUGGAACAGCAGUAACAUCUAUCUCUUUAACCUUGCUAUUUCUGACUUGGCUUUUUUGUGUACCCUUCCCAUGCUGAUGAGAAGUUAUGCCCAUGGAAAAUGGACAUAUGGACACAUGCUCUGCAUAAGCAACCGAUACGUGCUUCAUGCCAACCUCUACACCAGCAUUCUUUUCCUCACUUUUAUCAGCAUUGAUCGAUACAUGCUCAUGAAGUAUCCUUUCCGGGAACACCUCUUGCAAAAGAAAAAGCUUGCUGUCUUAAUUUCUUUGGCCAUUUGGGGUUUAGUAACUGUAGAGCUCCUGCCCAUACUUCCUCUUAUAAAUCCUAUGAUAGCUGCGAAUAGCACCAGCUGUACUGAUUAUGCGAGUUCUGGGGACCCCAACGUCAGCCUCACUUACAGCAUGUGUCUCACUUUCUUGGGGUUUCUAAUUCCUCUUUUUGUGAUGUGCUUCUUUUAUUUCAAGAUUGCCCUUUUCCUAAAGCAGAGGAGCAGGCAGUUGGCUACCGCUCUGCCCCUUGAAAAGCCUCUCAACUUAGUCAUCAUGGCGGUUGUGAUCUUCUCUGUGCUGUUUACUCCCUACCACAUCAUGCGGAACGUGAGGAUCGCUUCUCGUGGGGGGACCUGGAAGCAGUCAAAGUGCACUGAGGCCAUCAUCAACUCCUUGUACAUGGUGACUCGGCCUCUGGCCUUUUUGAACAGCGUCAUCAACCCUGUCUUCUAUUUCCUCGUGGGCGAUCACUUCAGGGAGAUGUUGAUGAAUAAACUGAGGAACAAUUUCAAGUUCCUUACAUCCUUUAGAAGAUGAGCUCAUGGACUAACAUUUUCAUUCAGGGAAAAGUGAGGUGCUUGUGUAACAGAUUCUUUUACACAGGCGGCUGCAGGUCAGUUCAAGUUUGAAUUCACAUAUGUAAAUCAGAGAGAUCAUAGACUUGACCCAGUUUUGAAGGCAUGUUGGACCCAGGUGUGUAAGAAGAAGAGGAUGGGAAGUAUUUAUUGGUUUCUUGACCUAAGCAUUGGAAGGAGUUGGACUAGCUCUAAUGUUUGGGCAUGUAAGUCUCAAAUCCUAGGUGUUAUAGGACCUUCUCAAUCAGUGUGAAAGGAAUAGAAGAGAGAUAAAGAAGCAAGCCAUCUGUGUUUAUUUUGUAAAAAAAAAAAAAGUUAUAUUAGUAAUGUUCUGUAUGUUAUUUUUAUUCAUACAAUCCUGUAACUUUAUGUGAGAACUGAAUAAUAGAAGAAGAUAUUUAUGUUAUUAAACAUUGUUGUUAGAAGUUGUGCCCUUGAGCAAAUUUAGGGUAAGCAAUAACAACAAUGAGCAGAAAGUAAUGUAAUGAUUUCAAAGAUAUCUCUAUGAUAUUUCUUCAUAUUCAUCAUGAAUUGGGGUCAAUUUGUGAUUAUAAGUCCUUUUUGGUGAUAUGGUUUUUGGUGCAAAGAAUCACAUGAAAUAGAACCUAAAAAGAUAGUUCAAUAAUAGGAGAGAUGUGGUUGAGCUUGGCUGUCAAAGGAUUCAGCUGUGAUUUUAUUAAAAUACCAGAAAGAAAUACCAAGGAUAGCUGCAAAAAUUCCAAAUUUACAGAGCACAAAGCAUCUACCAGGAAGCCUAAAACAAGACAAAACAAAUAAAAAAUGAGUGCAUUAUUUUUAUGAUGAAUGUGCCUUCUGGCAUUUUAUAAUUACAGUUUGAUUGUGAGUGCACAAAUAUAUUAAGUUCAUUAGACUUGCUGCUCUUGAUUAAAUAAUAAACUUAAAAAUCUAUGAAUAUCAUCAAACCAGUAAGUAAGAGGGAAUGAAAUGGUAAUACCAGAAUAUGUUGAGUUAAUUAUUUUCCCUUUUGGAGGGAAAAAAAAAUCACAGUUUUUCUAUCCCCCCAUGCCCCUCUCCCCACAUUUUCUUUUGUAAGCAAUGGGAUAAUUUACAAGGACAACUUUAUCUUGAAAGAGUGACUCACAUCUGGGAUGGGACAUUUUCAUGGAACGUUGACAAUUGGAAGAAAUGUUCUAGACAAAAUGCACUUUAUGAAUUUGCAGAAUAUAAGGAGCAUUUUUGUGCACAUCAAUACAGGUUAUCCCAGGAGGGUUAUUUAGACACCAUUCCAUGCCACAAAACAAAUAUGGGGGGGGAAUGAGUGCUGCAUUAGCUUUUUAAAGUCAAGAAGUAUAGGCAUUCCCACUGUGGUGUAGUGGAAACAAAUCUGACUGGGAAUCAUGAGGUCUCAGGUCUGAUCCCUGG